AUAUUCUUUCCAGAUUUUACGUAACUGUACUAUUUUAUCACAACCUAUUCCCAAUCUUAGUAAAUUUCAAGUAUUCCAACAAAUAGGACCAAACUUUUAUCUUCUUUAUCUAAUUCCUUCAUAUCUUCACUCGCUCGUAUUUCGUUAACGGUCGACAUAUUUUGAAGUUCUAUGGAUCCUCGGAUAUCCUGGAUUCAACCUGAGCAACUUGGACCAGCGACCGAUCUUUGGAUGACAUUGUGGAAAACCGUGCAGGGAUUAAAGUGCUUGACUGUUGAACCAACAAACUGCCAUCCUCUAUCUGUGAUAAAUAAUUGUGGACCUAAUUUCAAUUCAUGCUUCAAUAUGGUGGGAGGAAGACAACCAGAUUACAUUCCAUUUUCGGAAAAUGAAGCCCCGGGAAGGAAUGGGGGUAGAAAAAAUCCGAAAAAUCCUAACAUGGGUCAAAGAGGGAGAAAUUACGCUCCACAUGGGGGUAAAAAACGUCGGGAAAAUCCAGCGUCGACGUACGGUAUGAAUUACUCGAGAGAGAUUAUCAAUCGUGGCGGAAUGCCAUGGAAACAGAGGUCGUACACCAGUGGUGUUGUUGGACUUCACGAGGAGAUCGAGGAAUUCCACCAGUACAUGAAACCUACUGACGAGGAACAGAGGAUGAGAGAACAUGUUAUCAGAGAAGUGGAGGAAAUUGUCUUAGAACUCUGGCCUUUAGCGAAAGUUGAUGUGUUUGGAUCAUUUAAGACUGGAUUGUAUCUGCCUACGAGUGAUAUAGACAUGGUAGUGUUUGGUGAAUGGGAAGAAUUGCCAUUGUGGACUCUUCAGAAACAACUUGUGCAGAAACGUAUUGCUGAGGAAAGCUCAAUCAAAGUAUUGGACCGUGCUGCUGUUCCGAUUGUUAAACUCCGUCACCUUGAGACAGACGUCAAGGUUGAUAUCAGUUUCAAUAUGGAGGCUGGUGUCAGGAGCGUUCGAUUGAUAAAGGACUACAUCUUCCAAUACCCUACUCUUCCAAAGUUAGUUUUCGUUUUAAAACAAUUUCUUCUGCAACGAGAUUUGAACGAAGUAUGGACCGGCGGUAUCAGCUCAUAUUCUCUGAUUCUACUCUGUGUCAGUUUCCUACAGAUGCACCCUCGGGAAGACGCUCGUUAUAAGAAUGCGAAUCUUGGCGUCCUAUUGAUCGAAUUUUUCGAGCUCUAUGGAAGGUUUUUCAAUUUCAUGAAUACUGGGAUCAGGGUUAAAAAUGGCGGAUCUUAUGUCAGGAAGGAUGAAAUUCGCAAACAAAUGGAAAAUGGUUCAACUCCUUCAAUCUUAUGCAUAGAGGACCCUUUGACUCCAGGCAAUGACCUUGGUCGAGGGUCAUAUGGAGCGAUGCAAGUGAAACAAGCGUUCGAAUACGCGUACCGAGUCCUUAACACAGCGGUACUGGCGAGGGAUUAUCCAAAGCACUGUAUGUACAGCACCCUGAGUCGUAUUUUGAAAGUUACUGAUGAAGUUAUCGAAUAUCGUCAGGAGAUCAAGAAAACUUGGAGUAACAAUAUUGCAAGAAGUCCAUCCAAUAUACAGAGUCCAUCACUGAGUUCUUCUGGUUGCAGCAGCGGUUCAGACGUUGUUCCUGCCUCCGUUGAUCCGUCCAUUGAAUCGUCUCCAAUUUCCUCGUCUGAAGUUUCAUCAAUAGAAUCGGACAUUGACGGUUCUGAACGCACAAAAGACAACCCAGCUGGGGCCAAUGGGACCCCGACACGAACCCCCAAAGUUCCGUCAGUGAACCAAUCAUCAACAAUCCGGCCCUCCCACUCCGCUCCGGUCCUCAAAAACCACAAACAAUUAAAAACGAGGAACGUAGAGAACAUCUCGUCAGAUUCCAGUGAAAAUUUGAAUCAAAACAAUGCAAGUAACCAUGGCAACGUCAAAAAUAAACAGGAAAAGGCAUUGAAUUUAAAAACAACUGAAAAACCUCAUUCUGCUACUAAUAAAGGUGGCGCCAACCAACAACGUCCAAACUUUCAGAGAUUGCAUCACCAACAAAGUCCGAAGACAGAGAGGAAAUCUGAGCAGCAGGACUAUCAUGGAAGACAACACUAUCAGGGAGGACGCAAAGAUUUCAGGCAAUCAAAGACCUUUGCAACCACUAAAGUUGUUUUUCCAACAAAAAACACAUCUGCGAAGAAAAAUGACAGUUUUAUAAAUAACAACAGAAAUCCAAGAUGAUGACUAUGCUACUAUUUAUGGUGGCUGGACAAAUUGUUCAAAGUAUAUGCUAUUGGUGGAUAUGCCAUGAGGGGCAGUUCUACUCCCCCCUCCCCCUCGACUCGAAAAAAAAAGCAAUAUGGUUUCCACUGAACUAUCUGUAAACUGCCUUUUAUUUCUGUGUCUGCAUUUUGGUGACAAUUGUAUUGGGGGGGAGGCGCUUUUAACGUGGAAAUUUUUUUUUUACCUUGACUCCAUUGUAAUUCUCUUCUUUAUUUGACUGAAGUUUUAUUUUUUGUAUGAAGGCGUAUCACUCAGCAUUUUUCCAUGGACAGAAAGGUUGAUUAUAUUGUAGCUUCGAAUAUCCAAAGUAGUUCUUUCACGCAAAAACUUCAACCGAAUUUUAUGAACCGUAUGGGGGACUGUCAAUCUAUACACAGGACUCCCAACCUUUAUCCAUGCGACCCAAAUUUUUGGAAAAUAAAUUUUUAGAUAUGCUCAAAUACUGGAAAAAUAAAAUAGAUUGCAAAUAUAAAACAAUCAUUUUCA